AUGACCGUCCUCAGCAGCUUCAACAUCUUGCCUGGCUAUGACCGGCAACCCAUGCUCGAGCCAGAGCGAACCUAUGUUUUCGGACCUUGGGGGAUUUGCCUUGGUAUGCUGAUUGCACUUGUCUGCUUGGCCUUCAGUGAACGUCGUGAAGAGCUUUUCCUGGAUGUGCUAUGCAUCCAUCAGACUGAUCAGCGCUUGAAGUCGGAAGGUCUUCUGAACAUCUGUGCCUUCUUGAAGAAUUCCGACUCCAUGUUGGUGUUGUGGGACCCCACCUACGUUGAGAGGCUUUGGUGCGUCUUCGAAUUGGCUGCCUUCCUGAAAAGCCGCGAGAGUGGGACAGCGACGAAGUUGUUCAUUAGACCUACCAUCCUCGGCCCGAGCUCCAUGGCAUCCUGCUUGGGCCUCUUUGCAUUGCAGCUGGCUCAGUCCGCGGUUCCAUGGGCGAACCCCUUUCACGGAACCCUGGUCUUCUCGGUGCUGGCCUGGAUUGGGUGUUACUCGGUUGCCUGUGUUUGGCGGAGCCACUACAGGCAGAUUGACAAGAUGAAGACCCAGCUUCAGACUUUCACCGUCGGCAAGACAAAGUCGAGCUGUUGCCAGAUAGGCCAUGUGGAUCGACAGGGUCGAAAGAUUCCUUGCGACAAGGCAGUGAUCACUGAAUGCAUCCGACAGUGGUUCGGCUCUGUUGAUGCGUUCGAGGACGAUGUCAGGUCCGGCGUUGCAGCCGCGUUGUCAGAAGGAUUGGGCAAGGGAGGGUUUCCUUAUCCUUAUGUGCUGGCUGCCGCAGCACCCACCUUGUGGGGUCAAGCCGACUUCAUUGCCUCCCGGCUGCGGGAGGGCGAGUUCUACAAUGCCGGCGUCACCGCCAUCGUCAGCCUGGCAUACUGGCUCGCCGCAAUUCCCUUCCUCUUCGCCUGCGGUGGGCUUAUCGUCCACAAGUUCCGCCGCAGGUACAGCCCUUGCCUCGAUGCGCUGGUGCCUCUACUCGUUUCGGCGUUUCUAAAUCUGGUGCCGGGCAGUGGCAUGUUCUGGCUGCUGAUGGGCCUACAGACGAUGCUGGAUGACAUGCUGGCCGCAGUGCUUUGGGCCACGAUUAUAUCGUCUUCGGCCCUGCUCGCUUGGCGGCUGCGCUGA